UCAGGGAUGUCCAGUGCAGGAUGCUUCCUGGUGCAUAUCCCUACGAGUCCAGGGAGGUCCCCUGUCAGAGGAUGAAGCACAGCUGCUAUAUCAAAGCUAUGGCAGAGGAGAUCCAUGCAGAACCUGGCUCCCUGGCUAAAGCCCCUGCCAAAGGCGCUGCUGCAGUCCAGAGAGACCUUAGCAUGGAACACAUCCACCAAGGUGCCAGGUACUGCUGUAAACUCUGCCAUGAUCUUUGCACCAAAAGCCAUUCCUUGCCAAAGAAACAUGUCCACGACCGUAUCUGCUCACACGCACUGUGCAGCGCUCAGGGACACAGUGUGCUGGACAGUGGAUUCCAGAGGGUAUACAAGUCUGGGUGGAGGGACUGGGGGGACUCACAAUCACUGGAGGCUCUGGACUUACCGGGAGCAUUCCGGGUGCGAAGCCACAGCUACAUACGUGCUAUCCAGGCAGGCGUGGCCCAGAACAACCCUGGAACUGGUGGACUUAGGGGCAGAGUCGCUAUGCAGGCCCAGGGUAAGGUUCCUCCUCCUCUUCCACCCCGAAAGUCUAAGCCUCAAAUCAGAGUAGUAGCUCAGAGCAGCACAGAUGCCACACAGGCGACCAUCACACAAAGCAGGGGGUCAGUGGGACCCAGUGGGGUAACACAGAAUGCCCCCUCCCUGGAUGGCCUGGAGACCAGCACAAGGUGCCCCACCUGGCUCAGGUACCACUCCGAGUUAGGAGCAGCAGCAGACAGACAGCGGCCGGCAAGCUGCAGCCUCCCCCAGGGCCCAGGCCUCCAGCAGCAUGUCGGGUCUGCUGAGAUCUUGAAUAAGAGCUGCAGUCUUCAGGAAGCCAAGGGCAGUGGCGCAGCAGACAGAUUGCUGGGUGACGGUCUUCAGAGGAGACCUGCUUCUCUCCCAGAGAAGAGCCUGUCCUGUAGCACGGAUGGCCACAAGUGCAACUGCAGAUCAUGCAUCAGUGUGCUGGUGGACAGUUCAGAGAGCCGAGUAGGGAGGGAGCUUCAGUCCGUUGGCAUCCAGGUCGAGGAGAACAGGAGGCCUAUGUGGCUCCAUUGUUCCACCAGCUUGAUGGACCAGGAUGAAAGUGGCUUCUCCCAAAGAGGUGUGACUCCUGGCUGGGGUAGCUCCCCCCAGCAGACUUGUCUGGAUCGCCUUCAUUGGUCUGAGCUCAACUGUCACCAGACCUCCAACACUGGGCUGGGAAGCAGUUCUGAUACGGGUUUGGAUCCUGGUUUGGGAUUGGGCCGAAGCUCUCGCCAAAAUGAUGCUGACUUCUACAUGCGUCUGCUCUGUGUGGAGGUGGAGAGGAUACAGGGCUGGUGCCAGGGCAUGCAGAAGGAGACUGAGGACACCCGGGUUCCUGAAGAAGCACUUUCCCGAAUACGUAAUGCAGUGGAAAAUGCCCAGCAGUUUAUGUCUCAGAAAGUCCAGCACUUUUUCCAGCUUUGUCAGAAAAACCUGGUCAGUGCUGAGGCCCUGGCUGAGCUGUGGGAGCUGCUGCAGCUGGGCCUGGAGGAGGUGCGGCUCACGUUCCUGGACCUGCAGACGCUCCGGGACUCGGGCUGGAGGCAGAUUUCUGCCCAGGACGUUCCUCCACCCUUACCAAAGAAGCCAGCUGGAGGCAUGGGGGGGGCCCAGGCGCAGUCCCUGUCUGUGAGACGGGAGCAAUCUCUCAAUGGCCAGCAGCGCCCUGAAGCCCACGGGAAGCCAUCUCCAACUCAGCAGACCCCCUCCCUGCGCCAGGACUCUGCCACCGAGAGUGCUGAUGACGUCGAGCGCUUCAUCAUAGAGGGACAGACCCGCUUCUGAGGCCCAUAUCUCAACUGCAAUGAGCCACUAGACUGAUCCAGGAUGCUUUCUGAGUUUUGUUUGGUUUAGAAGCUGGCAAUAAUUUUUGACUCAAGAACACAUACAACUUGUUUUGAUUUUGUGUGUAUGGUGACUUCAAAACAGCAACCAUUUCACUGUGAAAUUGCACCAAUGCCCUCUGGUGGCUGAAAUGAAUCCUUGUCCCUCAUUGUCAGGAAUGGCUGCAUUUCAGACUUUCCUUUGUGAGUACUUAAGGUAGAAGGCAACAUUUUCUGAGAAGUUUGAUGUGGCUGAAAGUUCUGAAUCCUAUGCUGUGUUAACCUGCUUUACAACUAUGUCAUGAACCGAGUGGAAUUGUCAGAUGUGUCUGACUCCGAACACAUCUGGAAUACAAAUUACGGUGAGCGUACACUAUAUUCACAAAAGUAUUGGGACACCUGCCUUUACACACACAUGAACUUUAAUGACAUCCCAUUCUUAAUACAUAGGCUUUAAUAUGGAGUUGGCCCACCGUUAGCAGCUAUAACAGCUUCAGCUCUUCUGGGAAGGCUGUCCACAAGGUUUAGAAGUGUGUUUAUGGGAAUGUUUGACCGUUCUUCUAGGAGAGCGUUUGUGAGGUCAGGCACUGAUGGUCUCACUCCGCUCUAAUUCAUCCCAA